AUGAUGCGAGGGGUGGAGCAGCAGCAGCGGAUUGAGGAGCUCGCCCUGCCGCCGGGCUUCCGCUUCUUCCCGACGGACGAGGAGCUCAUCACCUGCUACCUCGCCAGGAAGGCCAUGGACGCCAGCUUCACCACGGCAGCCAUCCGCGACGUGGACCUCUACAAGACAGAGCCAUGGGACCUUCCAUGCGAGCAGCAGGCGGCGGCCGGAGGAGACCUGCAGGAGGGCUACUUCUUCUGCAUGAGGGGCAGCAAGUCCCCGUCCGGCGUUCGCGCCCGCCGCGCAACGCAGCUGGGCUACUGGAAGUCCACGGGCAAGGACAAGGCCGUGCACAGCAGGUCCGGCCGCCUCGUCGUCGGGACGAGGAAGACGCUCGUGUUCUACCGCGGCAGGGCUCCGAGAGGCGAGAAGACCGACUGGGUCAUGCACGAGUACGCCAUGGGCGAAAGGAGGAGCAGCGCCCUCCUCAGGGGAGCACAGAGUGAGUGGGUCAUUUGCAGGGUGUUCACGAGGAAGCAUCAUCCGAUGACCAGCGACGACAGGAAGCUGGAAACGGAGGAGCUAGCUGUCGUGCAAGGCCACCACUCUCCUGGCCAUCAUCAUCCCCUUGCCGCCAUGGAGGGAGACGACGGUUUUGACAGCGAGCAGGAGGCGGCGGCGCCACCGGCCGUCGCCGAAACCCAGCAUACAGCAGCUGGAAGCCACCUCGGUAGUACCCAAUCCAUGGAGGGCGAUCAUCAGCAGCAGCACCGUCAAAUGGCACAUGAUGAGCUACUGACGACGACGAUGCACCACCAUGGUUCCAGUAGUUGCGUCGUCUCGCCGUGUUCAUGUUGGCUCAACCAGCAUGAUGAUCACCACCAGCUGGUGGGACUGGGAGGAGCGCACUCCGCGUUGCUGCCAAUCAUGCAGAUGCAGUCUGUCGUCGACGAUGCAGAUUACUAUCUACCGGAGUUGCUGGAGUACGGCGGGCCGCUGGACACCGGCGGUGGUGAGGAGGACCGCCGUCGCCGUGCCGAGACUAAUUUCACCUCCGUUAUUGGCUCCUCUGACGACCUCGACGGGCUCUACUGGUACUGGGACAGUGGCUUCUGA